AUGCGCCGCCACCUAGACCUCCUGCCGCGCCUCCUCCUCCGCCGCCACAUCCACCGCCGCACCAAGCCCACCACCACCACCGCCCCACCCCUACCCCCACCUCCCAACCCGCCGCGCCCGCCGCAGAAGCCCGAGCCCGCCACCAUCCACGGCGAGACGUGGCACGACAGCUACGCGUGGAUGGGCUCGCUGGCCGACGCGGCCGCCAUGCGCCACAUGGACGUGCACAUGGAGGCCGAGGAGAAGUACGCCGAGGCCUGCCUGGCCGCCGCGGGCGCCGACCGGCUCGCGCGCAAGCUCCAGCUCGAGAUGGCCUCCCGCCUCGCCUCCGAGGCCUGCACCACGCCGGCCCGCUGGGGCCCCUGGCUCUACUACCGCCGCGCCGACGAGGGCAGGCAGUACCCCGUCCUCUGCCGCCGCUCGGCCGCGCUACACGGGGAGUUCGUCUCCUACAGCGACCCCUCCGCCGGGUUCGACUUCACCGCGGGGAAGCGCAUCGAGCAGAAACUCGUGGAUUACAACAAGGAGGCCGAGCGAUUCGGAGGAUACUCGUAUGAGGAGCUGUCUGAAGUUUCUCCAGAUCACCGCUACAUUGCAUACACCAUGUAUGACAAAGAUAAGGACUCCUUCACUUUAUUGGUCAGGGAUCUGGUGACAGGCACACUUUGUGAUAAACCUCGUGCCGACCGGGUCUCAAAUAUUUCAUGGGCUAUGGAUGGGAAAGCACUGGUUUAUGUUGUUACAAACGAGGACAGAAGACCAUAUCGGCUGUAUUGCAGCAUUAUUGGAUCUAGCAAGGAUGAUAUUCUCAUACUGGAAGAACCUGGUGAGAAUAUUUAUUUGAAUAUCAGGCAUACCAAGGAUUUUCGGUUUAUAACGUUAAAUGUCUUUUCAGACACACACUCAAAGGUAUAUUUAAUAAAGGGUUCUGAUCCCUUGUCCAGAAUGACGCUUGUAUGGGAAGGUGAAUCCCAAGUUCAGUGCAUUGUGGAACAUCAUCAUGGACGCCUGUAUUUAUUUACAGAUGCCUCAAGAGAUGGUGUUCGUGUUAAUUCACAUUACCUAAUGCAGUCUGAUGUGGAAUCUCCUGGGCCAAAGAAUUGGAAGGAUGUUUUCCUUGAGGAACCAGGUAUUAUUCUUGAAGAUGUUGACUUCUGUAGUACUCAUAUGGUGCUGAUUCUGAGACAAGGCAGGAAACUCAGUCUUUGUUCAGUUAAUAUGCCUCUACCUGAAAAUAUUCAUGUACCUGCCCAUUUAUCGAAUUUUCACCCAUCUGAAUUGCCUCUUCCCAGUCAUGUGUGUCAGAUUUUAUCUGGGCCAAAUUAUGACUACUAUUCCUCAACAAUGCGUUUCACAAUAUCAUCACCCGUGAUGCCAGAUGCAGUUGUUGAUUACAACUUACUGAAUGGAAAGUGGCAAAUAGUGCAACAACAAAACAUGCUUCAUGAGAGAACAAAGGUACUGUAUGGGAAUGCUUUUGCUUCUAGUAUGGGCAAGCUAUCUUCAGAUGGAGCUGAUUUGCCAAGUCAAGAUUUGGGAGAUUGUGACUGGAAUGAGCUCUCUGAGUACUAUGCUUGCGAGUACCAUGAUGUUCCAUCGAAGGACGGAGUUUUGAUUCCACUUACCUUGGUAUAUUCACGAAAGCACAAGCAAGAGGGGAAUCCAGGAUUGCUUCAUGGGCAUGGUGCCUAUGGUGAGAUUCUGGAUAAACGUUGGCGCAGUGAGUUAAAGAGCCUACUGGAUCGUGGUUGGGUGAUUGCAUAUGCUGAUGUUAGGGGUGGUGGAGGCUAUGGCAAGGAGUGGCACCAAGAUGGUGCACGUACCAAAAAGAUGAACUCUAUAUAUGAUUUUGUCUCUUGCGGUGAAUUUCUUCUUGAGAAAGGUAUCAUACAAGAAAAUAAGCUUGCUGGAUGGGGAUACAGUGCUGGUGGACUUCUGGUGGCUUCGGCAAUUAAUACUCGUCCAGAUUUGUUUCGUGCUGCUGUUUUAAAGGUCCCUUUCUUGGAUGUUUGCAACACUCUUCUCCAUCCUAUUCUACCUCUCACAGCCAUUGAUUAUGAAGAGUUUGGGUUUCCUGUGGACCAUGAAGAGUUCCUUGCAAUAAAAAAGUAUUCUCCCUAUGAUAAUAUCCAGAAGGAUGUUCCUUACCCAGCUGUGUUUGUGACAUCAUCAUUUAAUACAAGGUUUGGUGUAUGGGAAGCAGCUAAAUGGGUUGCAAAAGUCCGUGAACUUACUCAAUAUGAUCCAGAGAGGCCUGUAAUUCUCAACUUGACAACAGAUGUUGUCGAAGAAAGCAAGUAUCUGGAAACCAAGGAAUUAGCAACAGAGACUGCUUUUCUAAUUAAAAUGGUGAACAGUACCUGAACAACAUGAUUUAUCUUUCGGC